AGUUGUAGUUCCGCCCUGACGCGGGCUCAUCGCCGCUGCCGCCUCCUCGCCGCUCCCGGCCGGUCCGCGCGGGGCCAUGGCCGCCCGCUCCCUGCGGCGCCUCAGGGCGCUGCUGCCCGAGGCCGGUAAAGCGGGCACAGGCAGUUUGUAUUUCAGAGGGUCCCCCUGUGCUUUCAGCACUGCAGCUCAGCAGAGAAGUACAGGAGACGAGUGUGGCCCAGAGGAGCCCAGUGAGGAGCCCAAGCACCCCCUCUCUGACUGUGCCUUGGAGCACAAAGCCAUCAAAUUGGAGGAGCAAGUCCGAGAUUUAACUGAGCGGUACCGAAAAGCUUUGGCAGAUUCCGAGAACGUCCGGAGGAGAACACAGAAGUUUGUGGAAGAUGCCAAACUCUUUGGGAUCCAGAGUUUCUGCAGGGACCUGGUGGAGGUAGCAGACAUCCUGGAGAAGACAGCCGAGAGCGCCGCGGGCCAGGCGGAGCCCAGCGAUCCCAACCCCACCCUGAAAAAAAUCUACGAGGGCCUCUCCCUGAUCGAGGCCAAGCUGCAGAGUGUCUUUGCCAAGCAUGGCCUGCAGAAGAUGAACCCUGUGGGGGGCAGGUAUGACCCCUACGAGCACGAGAUCAUCUGCCACGUGCCAGCCGAGGGCAUGCAGCCCGGCACGGUGGCGCUGGUGACGCAGGACGGCUACAAACUGCACGGCCGCACCAUCAGGCACGCGCUGGUCGGAGUGGCCGUGGAGGCACACCAGUGAUGUGGCUUCAGCUGCUCCAGCUGGGACCUGGCUGAGCUGGGGACAGUCACAGCUGCAUGUAUUUACUUAUUUAUUGAGCUGGGUUUGUGUCGUGGGACGGUUUCGGGGUCGCCGUUGGUUCUGAGGUACUUGUGUAUUCAGUAGUGCUAAAUGGAGGCUGUGGAGUAGCAGUAGGAGUGCUGCUGUCAGAAAUGUGUAGCCCCUUUCUCUGCUUAGUUCUCCAUGAAGGUUUGUAUGGAGAAGAGAGGAGAGAAAGGGAAAUCACUUCUUGUCUCUGUUCCAUCUCUGAGGGAGACUCCUGCAGUGGCCUCCAGGAACUGCUCUGCCUCGUUCUCCACAGCUGUAUUAAGGGACUGUAAUAAUACUGACCUACCUCACAGGGAUGUGGUGAGGCUUUUCAUGUGCAAAGCACUGGGAAAAGUCCAGAGGGAUGGAUGAGUAUUAUUAUCACCUGGAUUUGAUGUCUUCCCUUGUCCCCAGACCCUCGGAUGGGGUGAAGUUGGUCACUUGAAAUGACAUUUAGGGGCAGCUUUUUCUUACAUUGCUUCAGGAAAACAAUCUGGAAUUCAUGGAAUCUCUGUCAUACUAGAGUUGAAGAGAGAUGAGGGUUUAAAAAGAAUUCAGUUGUUGAGUCACACUAAUGUUAAUAACCCUUCUCCAGGUAAAAUUCCAGCUUGACUCUUGGUUCCCAAAGGUAAAACAGGGAAUGGUGAUUUGUGCUGGAGCCACAAAACUGUCCUCACAUCUCUUAAUCUCCAACCUAAAUGUAUGUUUUAGAGGAGAGCAAUUUCUCUUCCCUGGUGGGUAUUUGUGCAGCUUUCAAGCAUGAUAAACUAUGUGCUCUUUAUUGCAGCUGCUGGCAAAAUGGAGCUGUGCCCUUAAGCAGGAAAUCUGGACUGUUCUAUUUUCUCAGCUCUCCAAUAGAGAUCCUCAGAUUACACCAACUUCCAAUCCACAUUCUGAUCCUACUUUCAAUGAUCCUGGUAAAUAUUAAACCUUUUGGGUUUAAGGAGAAAAAAAUUCUUCUCUGCUCCAAAGUCUCAAGUGCCCUUGAAGCAAUUUUAGCAGCAGUGGCAAGAAAACAAGAGAAGCAGAAGGCUGAGGAAGUGAAAGCUGACCUCGAGCUGUCCUCCUGGUUGGAGGCAUGUUGUUGUCACAGCACAUAUGUAUUUCCCACUGGCCCUAUUGCCUGGGAGUUCAUUUAUCUCAGCUGAAAGGAUGCAGUCACUAAGAAGGAUCAGAAUUUAACCCUUUGCAGAGCAGCAAGGAGUCAAAUGACAGAAGAACAGAUACAGCCACAAAACCAGGAAUGGUUGCUUUUCAGGUUGUUUCUUAUUAAUUUGUUCAUUCCUUCCUUUUUACUUUCUGGAAUUGGUUUCAUAACCUGAAAAAUGCACUUCCAAAAAUGCUUUACUUGGAGUGGAUGCCAUCCCUGGUUUGGAAGAAAAUUUAUUCUUCUCCCAUUCCUUUGCAGGCUUCAGCUGAAAAACCCUUUUGUGGUGGACUUCAAGAUUGUCACAGCCUUUAAUAUUGACAGUCUUUCAUCUGGGGAGGCUGUGUGCAGUUAGUGGCUUGGCAUCCCAGAAAUUUAAGGAACCUGCACAUUUCUAACCUGCUCCAUGCAACCUCUUGUUGUGGCAGCUGUGGUGUGAGUCUGUAGUGAUCCUUUUUGGAGUGUGGGUUUGUGCCUCUGUGCAGUUGGUUCUGUGGAGAUUUCAGCCCUGAAACAGCACUUCUGGCAGCUUUAGAUGAUGGGAAAACCUCUUGUUCAGUUUCUUGUAUUAUUGUGUGUUUGGAAGUUUCAGAGAUAAACAGGACUUUUAUUCAUUUGUGCUGAGCAGGUCACCAGGGUAUGCUGUUUCUCCAGAGAAGAAUGGGUGAGAUAUGCAAUGUGGCUGUUCCUCCUCCAAAGUGAGGAACCCAUGUGCUCAGCUGGAAGGAGCAGUGGGGUCUCUGCUGCCUCUCCAGCCCCUGCUGUAUCAGCUGAGUCUUGCAGUGUCAGGGGAGAGCUGAGGACCAACUUUGAAAGUGAAACUUCAGUUGUAAGGAACCCAAGAGAAGCACAGGUGUUUUACACAAGGGACAGUUUUGUGUCACAGAGAAGCUGCAGCUGGGUGUGAGCAGGAGUGAUGGGAUCCAAAUCCUCCUGGAGCCACUGAACUGUGAAAAAAAUAUUGCAGCCACUCAGUCCACCUUGGGUUUGCCAACUCUGCCUGUCUCCUCAGCCAGUACUCACCCACUUCUGCCUUAAGGAAAUACCCUAAAAUGCACUCCAGACCUUCUGUCUGUACUGAGGGAUGAUUUAUUCAGCUUCACGU